CCUUUGCCAUCGGCUGUGAUUGAAAGUCUGUAUGGAUGAAGGUUGAAUCAUUUAUUAAAAAAAAAAAAACCCUCACCUGCCUAACCCCUCCCAAUUAUAUUUGGGUCUCCUCCCCUUUAGGCAGGUGAGUUGGUGGGGUAUAAAGGUUUGUGAAUCUGGUUUGCAGCCACAGGGUCUCUCCUGUGACUCCAGAGAGAUUAACAGGAGGACUGGAACCAAAGAAGUUGAAUUUACGGCUAAACGCUGAGUAAAAUUGAAAUAGAACAGGAAAAUGGGAUUUGGAACAGGGAACGACAAGUACAAGUUGGCAGCAACUUCAGAGGAUGAUGGGAAAAAGAAGAAAAAAGGAAAGAAAGAGGAGAAGGACAUGGAUGAUCUAAAGAAAGAAGUUGAUCUGGAUGAUCAUAAGUUGACCUUGGAUGAGCUUUAUCGCAAAUAUGGUAGUGACCUUAACAGAGGUUUGACUGCCUCCCGUGCAAAAGAGAUCCUUGCACGUGAUGGUCCCAAUGCUCUGACUCCGCCUCCCACGACCCCGGAAUGGGUCAAGUUCUGCAAACAGCUCUUUGGUGGCUUUUCCACGCUGCUGUGGAUUGGAGCUAUUCUCUGUUUCCUGGCUUACGGAAUCCAGGCUGCGGCUGAGGAAGAACCAGCAAAUGAUAAUCUGUACCUUGGUAUUGUGCUAUCUGCUGUGGUGAUAAUCACAGGAUGUUUCUCAUACUAUCAAGAGGCUAAAAGCUCAAAGAUCAUGGAAUCCUUCAAAAACCUUGUACCACAGCAAGCCCUGGUUAUUCGUGAUGGUGAGAAGAAAAGCAUUAAUGCUGAAGAAGUUGUGGUCGGUGACCUUGUGGAGGUUAAGGGUGGUGACCGAAUUCCAGCUGACUUGCGCAUUAUCUCUGCACAUGGAUGCAAGGUGGACAACUCCUCUCUCACUGGUGAAUCUGAGCCCCAAACUCGUACUCCUGACUUCUCCAAUGACAAUCCUUUGGAAACAAGGAAUAUUGCAUUCUUUUCAACAAACUGUGUUGAAGGUUCUGCCAGAGGUAUUGUUAUCAACACUGGUGAUCGCACUGUGAUGGGUCGUAUUGCAACCCUUGCCUCAAGCCUAGAGGUUGGACAGACCCCCAUUGCCAAGGAAAUUGAGCACUUUAUCCACAUUAUCACUGGCGUGGCUGUUUUCCUGGGUGUGUCCUUUUUCAUCUUGUCACUGAUCCUUGGAUAUGGCUGGCUGGAAGCUGUCAUUUUUCUUAUUGGAAUUAUUGUUGCUAAUGUGCCUGAGGGUCUACUUGCCACAGUCACUGUGUGUUUAACUCUGACGGCCAAACGAAUGGCCAAGAAGAACUGCCUAGUGAAGAAUCUUGAAGCUGUUGAAACUCUUGGCUCCACCUCCACCAUCUGCUCAGACAAGACAGGAACCCUCACUCAGAACCGAAUGACUGUUGCUCACAUGUGGUUUGACAACCAGAUCCACGAGGCUGACACUACAGAGAACCAGAGUGGAACCUCUUUUGACAGAACCUCUCCUACAUGGUCAGCCCUUGCUCGCGUGGCUGGCCUGUGCAAUCGUGCUGUCUUCCUUGCAGAACAGAGCAAUGUUCCCAUUCUUAAGAGAGAAACUGCUGGUGAUGCAUCUGAGUCAGCUCUACUGAAAUGUAUUGAGCUCUGCUGUGGUCCAGUGAAGGAUAUGAGAGACAAGUACCCAAAGAUCUCUGAGAUCCCUUUCAACUCCACCAACAAAUACCAGCUCUCGAUCCACAAGAAUGCAAAUUCCUCAGAGUCUAAACACCUCCUAGUAAUGAAAGGAGCUCCUGAGAGGAUCCUAGACCGGUGCUCAUCCAUCAUGAUUCAAGGGAAAGAGCAGCCAUUGGAUGAUGAGUUGAAGGAUGCUUUCCAGAAUGCUUAUGUGGAACUUGGGGGUCUUGGAGAAAGAGUUCUGGGUUUUUGCCAUUUUAGCCUCUCUGAUGACCAGUUUCCUGAGGGCUUUAUAUUUGAUACUGAGGAGGUGAACUUUCCCACUGAGAACCUGUGCUUUGUUGGCUUAAUAUCCAUGAUUGAUCCUCCACGUGCUGCAGUACCAGAUGCAGUGGGCAAGUGCAGAAGUGCUGGAAUCAAGGUUAUCAUGGUUACAGGAGAUCAUCCAAUCACAGCUAAAGCCAUUGCUAAAGGUGUGGGUAUCAUCUCUGAGGGCAAUGAGACUGUAGAAGACAUUGCUGCUCGAUUGAACAUCCCCGUUGGAGAGGUUGACCCCAGGGAUGCAAGGGCCUGUGUGGUCCAUGGUGGAGAUUUGAAGGACAUGACCCCUGAACAAUUGGAUGAUAUCCUGCAUCACCACACAGAGAUUGUAUUUGCCAGAACGUCUCCACAGCAAAAACUGAUCAUUGUGGAAGGUUGUCAGCGACAGGGUGCCAUCGUGGCUGUGACGGGUGAUGGUGUCAAUGAUUCUCCUGCUCUGAAGAAGGCUGAUAUUGGUGUUGCUAUGGGCAUCGCAGGAUCUGAUGUCUCCAAACAGGCUGCUGAUAUGAUUCUCCUCGAUGACAACUUUGCCUCCAUUGUCACUGGUGUUGAAGAAGGCCGUCUGAUCUUUGACAACUUGAAGAAAUCAAUUGCCUAUACACUGACCAGCAACAUUCCUGAGAUUUCACCUUUCCUCCUUUUCAUUAUUGCAAAUAUUCCUCUUCCUCUUGGCACUGUGACUAUUUUGUGUAUUGACCUGGGAACUGACAUGGUUCCUGCUAUCUCUUUGGCUUAUGAAGCUGCUGAGAGUGACAUCAUGAAGAGGCAGCCCAGAAAUGCCAAAACAGACAAACUGGUGAAUGAAAGACUCAUCAGUAUGGCUUACGGUCAAAUUGGAAUGAUGCAAGCUACUGCCGGGUUCUUCACUUACUUUGUCAUCCUGGCUGAGAAUGGAUUCUUGCCUGCAGACCUAAUAGGAAUGCGUGUCAACUGGGAUGAUAAAUAUUGCAAUGAUCUAGAAGACAGCUAUGGCCAACAAUGGACUUAUGAACACAGGAAAAUUGUGGAAUACACAUGUCACACUGCGUUCUUUGCCAGUAUUGUCAUUGUGCAGUGGGCGGAUUUGAUCAUCUGUAAAACCAGAAGAAAUUCUAUUCUACAACAAGGAAUGAAGAAUAAAAUCUUAAUAUUUGGCCUGUUUGAAGAGACAGCAUUGGCAGCCUUCCUAUCCUACUGCCCAGGAAUGGAUGUUGCCCUUAGAAUGUAUCCACUCAAACCAUCCUGGUGGUUCUGUGCCUUCCCAUAUUCAUUGAUCAUCUUCCUUUAUGAUGAGGCAAGAAGAUACCUUCUUAGACGGAACCCAGGAGGCUGGGUGGAAAAAGAGACAUACUAUUGAACUAAGCAGACUCCACCAACCCACUCCAAGCAGUUCAUUUAUCUGUGUUACUUCUAUGCUAUCAAUUUGUGUUCAAACAAAUAUAUAUCUUAUUUGAAAUUAAAGUUAACUAAAGCAAUGA